AUGGACAAAUUGGUUGAAAUUGGGACAAAUUUAUUGAAGAAAUCAGUUCCAAGGGUAAAUUUGAAGGCAGGUCUAUUUGAACAAUUAGGCACAACUGGUGGCACAAAUGAAGAAGCUUUGAAAGAGUUUACAAAGUUGCUUUCCGAAGAAAAAAAAUUCAGGAAUCUCAAAGAAUUGGAUGGUGAGGAUGCAAGGCUUGCAGAUUACUUUGAUAUAAUAGCAGGAACAAGUACUGGUGGCCUUGUUACAGCCAUGUUAGCAGCUCCAAACAAAGACAAACGUCCUAUGUUUGCUGCUAAAGACAUAAAGCCAUUUUAUAUUGAGCAUGGUCCUAAGAUAUUUCCACAAAAAGGGAUGUUAUUUUUUGGAUCAAUAGUGAAGACAUUGAAGUCUUUAAUUGGACCAAAGUAUAAUGGGAAGUAUCUUCAUCAAGUCAUAAAGGAGAAAUUAGGGGAGACUUAUUUACAUGAGACUUUGACUAAUGUGGUUAUUCCAACUUUUGAUAUCAAGUAUCUACAACCAACAAUUUUCUCCACUUUUGAGGAAAAAUCAUUAAUGGAUGCUAAGCUUUCAGAUAUAUGCAUUAGCACAUCUGCUGCUCCAACUUAUCUUCCUGCACAUUAUUUCAAGACUCAAGACAAAGAUGACAAUUUCCAUGAGUUCAAUCUUGUUGAUGGUGGAGUCGCAGCUAAUAAUCCAGUACGUACAUUACUACAAUUUGACCCACUCUCAUUUCUCUAA